AUGUCUCCCCAGUCUUCAGCCCCGGUACAGAGAACGGCGCCUAUCGCCAUUGCUCCUAAACCACCUCGGCCUGAACCUUCUCCUUAUCGUCAGGACAGUUUUCACAGGCUUGAGAUGGGUCACGGAGUUGCCAGCUCUGCACCCGUUGAGGGUUCAUCCUUCAACGCCUCCUCCAUCCCACCCUGUCUGUCAUGCCGAUACUCACGCGUCAACUGCAUCCUUAACGAUGAUGACGACGGAUGCAUUCAGUGCCAAGCUGCUGGCUCCGAAUGUUCCCUUUCUUCUAGUCCACAGUCCCGAAAAAGGAAGCUUCAUGGCGAAGCUAGCGACGAUAUCAUCGGGAAGAGAAGUUCACCGGGUCUUACAUCUAGGAGACGAAACCAUAAUUCCAGCCUCUCAAGCACCGCCGCUAGCAGUUCAUUCCUAGAGGAGAUGGCCAAUGUUGGCGGCCCUACCAUGCUGAAACGUACGCUGGGCCUCCAAGAUGAUCGCUACAGCCAAUAUAUUGGUCCUACCACCGACUUUGAACCCUCUCUUAUUAACCUUUCUUCCUUUGAUCCCCAUGACGAGAGUCUCUUAUCUAGAGGCACCCUCCGCAAAGUCAGCGAGCACGACACUUUCUUGAUGUUGCCUGACUCUAGCACUCCAGGACACGAGCAUGUGACGCAAGACGCCGAUCAUGUCGAGUCCAUCGUGGCGCCUCAUGGAAGACGUCUUAUCGAUCUCUACUUCCGAGUAGUCCAUCCGGGAUUCCCCAUUAUCCAAAAACAUGUCUUCAUGGAAAAAUAUGAACGAUCUUACCGGGAGUUUUCGCCACCGCUGCUAGCAGCUGUGUAUAUUCUGGCCAUCAACUGGUGGGACGAAAGCGAAGAGUUGGCUGGAAAGCCACGACCCAACGUUAAAGAACUUGAAAGCCUCAUCCGAGCCACUCUUGAUGAAGCAACCUUCCGGCCGAAACUUUCUACGAUCCAAGCUGGUCUGUUGCUUUCCCAGCGGCCCGAGGGCGAUCAAUGGGCCCCCACUGCCCAGCUAGUAGCACUUGGUCAUGAGUUGGGACUGCACCUGGAUUGUACGCAUUGGAAGAUACCGCCGUGGGAAAAGGGUCUGAGAAAACGAUUAGCAUGGGCUCUUUACAUGCAGGAUAAAUGGGGCGCUCUUGUCCAUGGCAGACCAUCGCACAUCUUUGCUACUAAUUGGGGUGUUCAACCUCUGACCGCAAACGAUUUUCCAGAUGUCGAAUGGGAUGAGAAUGACCCGGAAGAGAAACUCGAUAUCGAGAAGGGACGGGUGCUGUUCACUCGUGUGGUGCAGCUCUCGGAGAUUCUCUCAGAAAUCCUCGACACAUUUUAUACCCUUCAAGCUAUGAAUACAGUCGCCAACGCUGGCAAGCAGGGAACGCAACUAGUUUUAUCGCUCGCGAAGCCGAUCCAGCUUAAACUGAAGGAGUGGUACGGAGGGCUACCGCAACUGAUCCGUCUAGACUCUUCGUACUCUUCUCUCAAUCCCUCUUCCAACAGGUUGUCCAGUAUCGGAUAUCUCCACCUGGCAUAUUUUGCGGCCGAAAUCACCCUUCAUCGACGAAUUAUUCGGUCAUUGGCCUCGCCAUCCAGUUCCGUCGACUCUUACGUACAGCACAUAUGUCGCAGCGCCGCUAAGGCACGUCUCAUUUCCGCCAUGGAUUUCGUCAACCGACUUGGGCCAAACCAUUUACGCUCAUUUUGGUACUUUGCUUCCAAGACUAACUUUGCAUUGAUUGGAACCUUUGGCUCUCUACUUUGGGCGACAUCACCCGGACGUGAGGAAGCUGACUGGUAUCGACGACGACUUGGAGAGUAUCGAUGGACUCUCUCGGUGAGCUCCAAACCUGGCGAAGGUACAGGCUUGACUGAGUUUGCCAUGACGAUGCUGGAUAUCUCGACUGGUUUGCUCAAGCAGCUGCCCGAAAAACCUUCGAUGAGUCGAAACGGAAGCCAUGUAGAUCUAUCGGUCUCUGCACCGCCUAUUUUCAGCGGCGGUAUCUUGGACAGCUUGGGCAGCAGACCCAGUGCAGCAGAAAUGAGUGCUAUGCGUAGCCCGCGCACCGAUGACGAAGAAGACGAGGAAGAGAUGGACAGUAGCGACGACGACAUGAUGGAAGAUUAUCCAACACGGAUGUAA